CAAGGCAAGGCAAGACCGGACAACAGCAAAACCCUCUUUCAACUUCCUUGCUUCUCUCACCGUAAAACAAAACCUCGACAGCCACCUACGCCGUGUCGAGUUCUCUCCAUCCUUACCCACAAUGGCUAUCGACAAAACCGAUCCGAACCCGAACCAAUCUAAACCGAGCAAGCUCCGAUGGGGAGAGUUAGAGGAAGACGACGAUCUGGACUUCUUAUUACCGCCCAAGGAAGUAAUCGGACCGGACGAAAACGGGAUCAAAAAAGUGAUUGAGUACAAGUUCAACGAGGAAGGCAAUAAGGUAAAAAUAACGACGACGACCCGAGUUCGCAAGCUGGCCAAGGCCCGGUUGAACAAACGGGCUUUGGAGAGAAGGAAUUGGGAGAAGUUUGGCGAUGCGGUGCGUGAAGAUGUUGGGAGUAGACUUACUAUGGUUUCCACCGAAGAGAUCCUUCUUGAACGACCUAGAGCCCCAGGUACCAAACCAGAAGAAAUAAAGGUAGCUGGUGACAGCUUGGCUCAGCUUAGCAAAGGAGGUGCUGUUCUCAUGGUGUGCAGGACAUGUGGUAAGAAAGGUGAUCACUGGACUUCCAAAUGUCCUUACAAGGAUCUUGCUGCCCCUGUUGAAACCUUUGUUGAUAAACCUGCUGCAUCUGAGACCUCUAUGGCUGCUUCUGGAGCUGGAAAGGGAGCCUAUGUCCCACCAAGCAUGAGAGCAGGUGCAGAGAGGACUGGUGGAUCUGAUAUGAGGCGUAGGAAUGAUGAAAACUCUGUUAGGGUAACGAAUUUAUCUGAGGAUACCAGGGAGCCUGACUUGCUGGAGCUUUUCCGCACAUUUGGUUCCGUGACUCGUGUCUAUGUUGCUAUGGAUCAGAAGACAGGCACGAGUAGAGGAUUUGGUUUUGUCAACUUCGUAAACAGGGAGGAUGCUCAAAGAGCUAUUAACAAGCUCAAUGGAUAUGGUUAUGACAAUCUCAUCCUGCGAGUCGAGUGGGCAACCCCAAGAUCAAACUAAGAACAUGAUCUUUAUGGCAUUUAGCUUUUCCCAAACAUUGUCUUCAGUGGCAAAUUCAAUGCCAGAUUUGCCAGUUUUUGACUUUUUUUUAUUUUACAUUCUGUGAGAGAUUUUAUUUAUUUGAGUUGAAUUCUUGGGCCCUAAUUUGAUUGGGAAGUUAAAGGAAUGUCUUCAGUUUCAAAUUCAA